AUGGCAUUCAAAAUAUCCCGCGUGCAACGGCUCAGCGCCGUCAUCGGAAUUUCGCUGUGUUUCUUCAUAGCCGAGAUCUCUAUUGGCUUUUACACUCACUCACUCGCCUUGGUUGCCGAUGCCUUCCACUAUUUAAACGAUAUCGUGGGAUUCGUCAUAGCUCUAGCUGCCGCAAUAGUUGCUGAAAAGAAGACUCCUCCGAAAGCGCUCACAUUUGGCUGGCAACGGAUCCAGCUUCUAGGUGCCUUUUUCAAUGGUGUGCUAUUGUUUGGAUUGGGACUCAGUGUGUUUUUGCAAUCUAUUGAGCGAUUCGUCUCAGUACAGCGCGUCGAGGAACCUAAGCUCGUCCUUAUCAUGGGUUGUGUUGGAUUUGGACUGAAUGUCAUUAGCAUAUUAUUCUUACAUGAUCACGACCACGACCACGGAGAUGGAAAUGGACACGACCACAGCCACGGUGAAAGUAGUGAUAGCCCAGAGAACCCAAUGUCCAUUGGUCUCGUGGAUGAAAAGCAUGUGCACCACAAGCACCACACAAAUAAACCUUCAUCUCACAAAAACCGAGACCUAGCCAUGAUGGGCGUCUUGAUCCAUGUACUCGGCGACUGUGCGAACAACAUCGGUGUUGUCAUCGCAGCAGCGGUGAUCUGGUUUGCUAGCUACGGUGGAAGGUUUUAUGCCGAUCCCGCCGUGAGCAUGGGCAUUGCGAUAAUGAUCUUCAUUUCUUCCAUUCCACUCAUAAAACAAUCCGGUCUCAUUCUUCUUCAAAGUGCACCACAAGGCGUCGAUUAUGAUGACGUGAAACAUGAUCUUGAAAAGAUCCCCGGUAUCCUCGCCAUUCACGAACUCCAUAUCUGGCGCUUAAACCAGAAAAAGUCCCUUGCAUCUGCACACGUUGUGUUGGAUGACGAUAUCAUGCCUGAUUUCGAAAGCCUGGCUAGGACUAUCAGGGAAUGUUUCCAUGAAUAUGGGAUUCAUUCUAUUACUCUGCAACCGGAGGCAUAUACCCGACAGGAAGGUCCUAGUCCAGCCGUUGCUGAAAGCUGUACUGGGAUCGAUGUAAAGAAAAAUGCCCAAGGGAGGAAGCAAAGGACGAGUCUUGAGAGUACCUUGAAUCGCUGUACAUCUGGUUGCGGAAGCUUUUGUCUUGAGCUUACAUGUUGCCGUUGA